GGGAGUGCGGGAAACCCGGAACUUGUAGUGGUGAAACACUGCCUGGUUUGUUUCGUGGUCGAGAGUGUUAAACCAGUGGGGAUAUCGUCACAGCAGUUCCGCCAUGUGAGCAGCUGUUACAUGCCAUCAAACGGGCGCGAGUCCUUUCAUAGCGAUGCUGCGCCAGUAUGCUCAUGCACACCUCCUUAG